AUGAUUUCGGACAGUUUACUUCCAAUUCGCUUAGCUGGCAACGCUCUUCUCUUCACGGCUCAUGUCAUCAACAUAAUAGUAAUGCAUUUGGCAUUACAGGAUUUGAAGGACAUAAACCUUAUUAUAUUCAAAUCUUUAAAAUGGAAGUACAUUACUAUAUGGAAUUUGGCCUUUCAAAAUAUCUACCUCUUGGGCUGUAUAGCGUGCGAUCUAUCCACCAUGUUUAAGAUCUUCGACUCGAAUCUCUUUUUGAAAGAAAUGAAGCGGUACAGAACAACGUACUUCGCGGCAGUUCUGUGGCCUACAAGUCUUGUGGCCUCCGUGUUGUCCUGGCCUAUAUUCUUUUACAAUAGAGAACUUGUAUUCCCUUCCUAUAUUGACAAAGUACUGUCUUUGGGGUCGAAUCAUAUGAUACACUCAUUCAUAAUCUUAGUGAAUGCGUGGGAGCUGGUGCUUUUGCCAAGGAAAAGGCCGGCUACACAUAAUACAAAUUUCCUAAUCAUGGCUGUCAUUUAUGAGGCUUAUUUCACUCUGAUGAUAACAAACUACCGCCACACAGGAUUAUGGCCCUACCCACUCGCUUAUGACUUAUACGGAACCAUUUAUUUCCCCCUACUUAUGCUGGGAAUACUGAUUCUACAGAUUUUUUCGUAUUUCAUACAAUGGCCUCUUGUGGAUCUCUGUCAUGGAUCUCGGAAGAAAAAAGACUGA